CUAUUCUAUCUUUAGUCAAUGAUGUAAGUAUAUUGUCACUUUCUUACGGGCACCACGCGUAAGAGAGUGUCAUUUUUGUAAAUGUAAAUUUGUUGUGCAUUUGUUAGAUAUAUAAAAUGGGUAUACUAGAAAAAAUAUCGGAAAUUGAAAAAGAAAUUGCACGGACACAGAAGAAUAAAGCUACUGAAUAUCAUUUAGGAUUAUUAAAAGCAAAACUUGCAAAAUAUAGAUCGCAACUUUUAGAACCACCAAAGAAAUCUGAGAAAGGAGAAGGCUUUGAUGUCUUAAAAUCGGGAGAUGCAAGAGUAGCAUUAAUAGGUUUUCCUUCUGUAGGAAAAUCUACUUUGUUAAGUACAUUAACACACACAGAAUCUGAAGCAGCAUCUUAUGAAUUUACUACUUUAACUUGUAUACCUGGUGUUAUUGAAUAUAAAGGAGCUAAUAUUCAACUUCUUGAUCUUCCUGGAAUAAUUGAAGGUGCUGCACAGGGUAAAGGAAGAGGUAGACAAGUAAUAGCUGUUGCAAGAACAGCAGACUUAGUUCUUAUGAUGCUCGAUGCAACAAAACAAGAUGUACAAAGGCAACUCUUAGAAAAAGAAUUGGAAUCAGUUGGUAUACGACUUAAUAAAAAAAAACCAAAUAUAUAUUUUAAAAUAAAAAAAGGAGGUGGAUUAGCAUUUAAUUCAACAUGUCCAUUAACAAAAGUAGAUGAAAAAUUAGUUCAAAUGAUUUUACAUGAAUAUAAAAUUUUCAAUGCCGAAGUUCUAUUUCGUGAAGAUUGUAGUGCAGAUGAAUUAAUCGAUGUGAUUAAUGCCAACAGAGUAUACUUACCAUGUCUUUAUGUACAUAAUAAAAUAGAUCAAAUAUCAAUAGAAGAAGUGGAUAGAAUUGCUAGACAGCCUAAUAGUGUAGUAGUUAGUUGCAACAUGAAAUUGAAUUUAGAUUUUCUUCUUGAAACAUUGUGGGAAUAUUUAUCUUUAAUAAGAGUUUAUACAAAAAAACCUGGUCAACCACCUGAUUUUGAAGAUGGUUUAAUAUUAAGAAAAGGUGUUACUGUAGAACAUGUAUGUCAUGCAAUUCAUCGUUCACUUGCUCAACAAUUUAAGUAUGCCCUUGUUUGGGGUACAAGUACCAAGUAUUCACCUCAACGAGUUGGCUUGCAACACAUUAUGCACGAUGAAGAUGUUAUUCAAAUAGUUAAAAAAUAAAAUUUAUACAAUUACGUGCAUAAAUUACCUGUGAAAAUUUAAAUUGCAGAACGUUACAUUAUAUAGAUUUGUUUAUAUGUUUUGUAUGCAUUUGCUAGAAAGAAGCGAUCGUCUUUUAAAACUUAUUUCAACUUAUUCCGGAUUUGUUUUAUUUAAUAUAAAUACGAAACAUUUGUACUACGUAUUUCUUAAUAAUUUAAAAAUUAAAAUUGUUUGAAUGCAACUUUUAAUAAAUAUUGUUCGUGUAAAAGUAAUCAUAGAAGCUAAUUUUUAUAUAUAUGUAAUAAUUAUACGCUAUUUGUUUAUUAAAAUAUAUUUGGACAAACAAAUUACA